AUGUAUGACGACAUCAAGGACAAGAAAACGGUUUUGGAGUCCUACUACAAGGCCAUUCAAGAGUCCGAGCGUCCGACCGUCAAACUUGGUCGGGAUUUCACUCCCAUUCAACCGUCGUUCAUGACUAGCGGCCAGGACGAUACGAACCGGUUCGAAUGGAUGGGCGGGGGCGUUCUCUCUCCCAGAUGUCGGCCUCCAUCGUUCGAGUUGCAACGCCCGAGUCCGAUCAACGGAGAUGCCGAUAUUUUAUCGCCGAAUACGUUUCUGGACCAGGCCAUUCCCGCCAGAAACACGUUCAAUGUUGGUCCAGAAGACAUUCUUGGGGUUGAGAAACAGCAGCAGGCUAGGGAGCCUGUCCCAUUUGACGCCAUAUCACCGCAGACCCACAUUAGCAUGGAUGAACCAGUCAAAGUUCCCUCUACUGAACUGGUUGCAGGCAGUCGUCGGGAUACUACUACCCUCUCUUCGUUCCGUGAUGCGGGGCGGAGGGAGACCCUGAAAGAACGAAAACAAGUACCUGGGGCGGACGAUAGCGCCGCUAGUUAUAAACGAGAUAUUCCUCGUGGAGAGGCGGUUGAAGGCACGGCGUAUUCUACCUUCACUGGUUGGCUCCGUAAUAUGUUUGGUGAAGAAUCUGACGGCGGCUCAGAAGAACCAGUGAGCAUCAACUUAUCAUCGGAAGUAGUUCCAGAAAAGAAGCCAAGGAAAAAAGUCAUCCGUGUCGGGCCGUCAGUAGAUGACGUACCUUUGAGAGUGCCCAGACCGCCCUAUAGAGACUUCCACUCAGUCUAUCGAACGCUUUUCUCGCGCCAUCGCGCGAUGGGCGUUCAUGGCCGAUCCGGAGGGCUCUUCCGAGCGGAUGACACCAAGAAAAGCGAGAAACAACAGUGGGAGGAUGUCCUGGAGUAUCUAUAUUUGGGGUCUAAGAAAUCUGACUACUCGGGAAGACCGUUGGCGGCCUUAGACUAUAUCAGAUUCGCUAUGGAUAUCAUCUCAUGCGUCUCGGGCAGAUAUGAAGCGAGACCAAACUGGGGGGAAGUAGUUCUCGAUUUUGCGUUGCGCACCUGCGUGAAGAUUUAUGACACUCCGGCCUUGCGAAACACGAUGCGAGAGCAGUUAUCUGUGCCACUGUGGAACACUACCACGUACUUCGUUCUCCCCUAUGCGCGUAAGGAAACGCCAAAUCUCAACGAGCAAGUCCUGGCUGUUCUGGCUAUGACUGCUACGCGGGAGGCGAAGACUGAGAGCAGUCAUGUGGACUUCGUGCUUAGCAUGUGGCCUAGCAGAGAGUCAGAGUCAAUUCCGACGAUCGAACAGUGCCUGGUUCUUCUCGCAGCCUGUCGAAGUGAGCACCGAAGAGACGAGCAGAUAUACUGCAUCUGCGAGGCACUGGAGCUGUACAGGAUCGAGCCGGUCAGCAUACGGGCGAUGCUGGCUCUUAUGGCUGUGUACUCCACGGCUCUCCCUGAAUCAGCGGUGGCAGACGGCGUCCCCUUUACACUUAGAGACGUCCCUCGCGGCUUUGCCGUUGGGAGAGGGGACGACGACGAAGUCGUUGACCUUCGUGACUUCCCUCAGAAUGGUCACGAUGUGCGGUUGGUUUGUCAACUCCUAGAUAUUUUCGUCACGAAGCGACAGGUGCAGACCAUCGGGCUGGAAUGCUUGGCCGUCAUGGCGAGACUUUCGGAGGACUAUGCCACCAAGGUUGUUGAGGCUGCGGGGAUACACACGAUAAGACAAGCUUAUCGUCGCCAUGGUGCUGAAAGCUCGUCAAUAUGCAGGGCUGUUUGCGAAGUGCUACAGGGUAUAGUACCCGUGGCGAACACUGGGACACGUCUCGUGCUCGAGGCGAUGGAAAUGUCCCUGGAUAUCCUCAGGAGAGUAACAGACAACAUAAUGGAGAUCGCUGGAGACGCCUCAGAGGUGUCAACUCUGUAUACGCAGACUGGCAUGGUCCCACUAGAGGUGGCUGUCCGGACUGUUAAUUGUUGCUUGGAGAGCCGAACAGCAAUGCUGUUGGCGCAAACCAGUGUGAGCAGUGGAACCACUAGGGAGCACUUGGAGACUAUCGUGCAGUGCUUCGAAGUCUUGGCCCCCGCCACGAAUCCUGCAACUGCUGCCGAGAUGCUGGACACUCCAGCCGUGUUGUGUAUGAGUGAUGGGGAAGAGCACAUGGACGUCAUCCAACUGAACAAAGAGUUGCUGCUGGACGCUGGAUACGCAGGAAUACCCGUGCUUCUGAUAAAGCGAUGGUGCACCCUUGGACACAAUCCCAGGCUCAUGAGGCAGGCGUGUCGGGCGAUCCUGUUGUUACAAUACAGGUCGGCUAGCGGGGCGCGACACUUCGCCAGGCUGAGAGUUCACAUGGUUCUUGUUGCGGAGAUCCAACCCAAUGCUAAAACUGGCGGGGCCAAAACUCUGAGCCGUAUACUUGCUCUGCUCGCAGACCUCUGCGCCGGUUCCACUAUCGCUGAUGAAACAGUAAAAAAGGCUCUGAGAGAUUACAAAACUAAUCCGGUCAAAGGACAACCCAGGUCGAGUCAAACAGUUGUUGACUUGAUUAUUGGCGCUUUGGAAAUCAUCAUCCAGCAACAACCAGAAACACCCGAUUUCGAAUGCCUCUUCCAGGCAUCAAGAUUGCUGGGCGGAAUGCUGACCAGAGAGCUUCCAUCCGACGCUUCGAGUGACAGUUCGGUCGCUGGCAAUGCAUCGGGGGCGGAGGACAGGGCAAAGACCGUGCUUGGAACCCCAGAACGGAGCCUCAUGACUAGGAUCGAACCGCUCUUGAACAGAUAUCCUGCAACUGAAGGUUCCGAGCUAGAGGUACCACUCAUAGUUUGGUGUUUAAUACAUCGUAGUCAUGGAACGGGACAGCUCGGUCAAGGAAAACUCGCUGACAGGAAAGGCGUAUGUCUCUUGAACCUUACUACCAACGACAGAGAUGCUUUCAAGAGCUGGCAACGUGGAGGCAACCCACGGUAG